AUGCUCAGAAGCGGGAUGAUGGGCGGGAUGCUAACGCUCUUCACCAUGCUCUCAGCGCUGGUGGAUGUGUCCUCGUCCUCGUCCUCGUCCUCGUCCUCGUCCUCGUCCUCUCUUCUUACCUGCCUUACCUCAUCCUCGCCAUCUCUUCAUGGCAAAUCCUAUGUAUCCUUGAGACUGAGGGGAGGGAAAGACGAUGUGGCGAGGUUUGCCCUUAUUGCGGACAUGGACGACACCCUUGUGGGAGAUGAACCUUCGCUCUCAUCCUUUAACACCUUGUGGGAGCGUUCCUGCCGCACUUCAGGAGGGAAACUUGUCUUCAACACAGGCAGGAGCUUCGAAGACUACCUAGUGCUGAAAGAGAAAUGGAACAUUAUCACUCCUGAUUUCUUCAUUGGAGCAUGUGGAACGCAAAUCUACUCUUGUGAUAGCGACGGCAACUAUCACGAGAUCGAGGGUUGGAAGCAAACGCUAGACCGAGACUGGGACAAGACAGUGGUACAACAACGUGUGAUGGGCAGCGAGAGGUUGAGACGCUGCUACGGGAGCAUAAAGGAGAAGAGGGAGUCCAUGGGCAACCCCUUCCUCUUCUCCUUCAAGAUCCCUCAGGCUGACUUCACCGUGGACCAGUUGAGAGAAGAUCUGAGACGUGAGAUCGAAACGGACAAUGCUCAGCAUCAGCCGCGCAUCGCAUUCCUUAUGAACAUCGCUUCGGUUUCUUAUCAUGUGAACACAACUGUUUCUGGACUAGACGAUGUUCCUGCAAACACAACAGGUUGUUUCUUCGUCGACGUCCUCCCCAAGUCUGCAGGGAAAGGCAACGCACAGAAACAUGUCAUGAAACUCCUGAAUCUUUCGCCCUCGGAGUGUCUGGUUGCUGGAGAUUCUGGCAACGACGCUUCCAUGUUUGAGGACGCUCCUCAUGGGGUGAUGGUUGGCAACGCCAAGGAGGAGCUGCUAGCAGUGAAGAGGCAGGAGCAUCUGCAUGCGACGGGAAGACAUGCCUUCGGAGUGCUGGAGGGGUUGAAACAUUACGGCUUUCUGCCCGAAGAUUCGUGA